UGGAUAAGACAUAAGACUGUAACCGUAGUCGCCGCUAGUCAGCUUGCAAGUGAACUCCAAACUCAACUACAAUGGCAGCACAAGAAAGCACCACCGAUCGCCGCCGUCUCAAAAUCAUCGCCGGAGCCGAUUCAUUCGGCUGUGAUCUCAAAGACGCUCUCGUCGCUCACCUCCGCUCUCUCAACAUCGACGUCCACGAUCUCGGCACCGACAAAUACUACUCCGUCGGCUCCCAAAUCGGCAGCCUCGUCAGCUCCGCCGCCGCCGACACCUCCGUCGAAACUCGCGGCCUCCUCGCCUGCGGCACCGGCGUCGGAGUCUCCAUCUUCGCCAACAAAUUCCCCGGCGUAUACGCCGCCACGUGUACUUCGCUCGCCGAUGCUCAAAACGCCCGAUCGAUCAACAACUCGAACGUCCUGUCUCUCUCCGGCAAGUCCACUUCGCCGGAACUCGCAAUCGAGAUUCUGUCCACGUGGCUCAACACUCCGUUCAAGUCUCCCUGCCCCGCCUCCAACUCCGAGCCUUGGCCUAACGAAAUCGAAUCAUUUCUCGAUAAUUCGGUCACUGAGAUGUCGAAAAUAGGUUCAGAGUCUGAUAAAUUAGGCGAUUCGUGUGCAAUUUGUGAUUUAGUUAAGUCUCGAGAAUUUGCUGAUGUGGAGAUUAUGCCGGGAGGUAGCAUGAAGAUAGUGAGAGAGACACCUACCUCGGCGAUCGUAAGGUUUAAGGCAGGGAGUGUCGAGCCUGCGCAUCAUCAUACAUUUGGACAUGAUUUGAUUGUGAUGAAAGGGAGUAAAAGAGUGUGGAAUUUAAGUAAGAAGGAGAAGUAUGAUUUAGGUGUUGGUGAUUUCUUGUUUACUCCGGCCGGUGAUGUUCAUCGAGUUAAGUAUUUCGAGGACACAGAGUUUUUUAUCCGGUGGGAUGGACAUUGGGAUAUUUUCUUGGAUGAGGAUAUCGCCACUGCCAAUGCUGCUCUGGAGAAGGAGGUUUGAUCAUGAUUUCAGUUUAUACUCGUGUUCUUAAUCGUGUCUAAUUUUACGUAUAGUAAGAAGUCGUAUGUUCAGACAUUGUCACCUUAUCGAUUAUCUGGUGCUCUUCUAGUAAGUGUGUUGUAAUUUACUGUGAGGUCUUGAAUAAGAUGGUGCUGUGUUGUAGACUA